UAUGAUUCUGUGUUCCAGUCUGGUACCCAGACAACGAGAGCUGAUAUCCCCACCGGGCAAAAAAGCAAUUGAUGAUUUGCAUGCUGUGAUGGAAGCAACACUGCAGGGUGGGGACAGGUGUGUGUGUGUAUGCACACACCCAGUGUUUUCUUAACCGGAGCAGCAGCUGCAUCUGAACAGCACAGCUCAGAGUAGCACCGUCCAACAGUUGGGCUUUCCCUUGCCUCCGCCCCAGCUGUGGUUUCCAGAAGGGGAUGCUGUGCUGCCACUGCUGAGAGAGACAGCUGGUACCCACCCCGCUCGUUUAAGGCUGCAUCGUCAGAUCCUGGCAAGCAUCUUUCUACAACAGCAGAAGCAGGGAAAGGCUGCGAGAGACAGGUGGAUGCAUGCAGGAGGCAGCGGGGAGCAGCUCUUCGCCAGUGGCAGCAGGGAGAAGCGGGGAGCUUCACCCUGCUGGCAAGGAGCCACUGAGAUCACCUCAGGUGACCAUGCUUAACGGGGAGACAAGUUCCUCCUCAUCCAGGAAUGUGGUCCGGAGCUCCAGCAUCAGUGGAGAGAUGUACAACAUUGAGAAGAGUAAUGCAGGCAACCCCGAUUCAGCUAGCCUCUCAUCCAAUAAGAAGCGGCGAUCCAGCCUGGGGGCCAAGAUGGUGGCUAUCGUGGGGCUGUCCCAAUGGAGCAAGAGUACGAUGCAGCUCAACCAUCCUGAUGGUGUUCCAAAAAAGCUUCGUAGUAACAUCCGCAGAAGUACGGAGACUGGCAUUGCUGUGGAGAUGAGGAACAGGGUCACCCGGCAAGGCAGUCGGGAGUCAACUGAUGGAAGCACCAAUAGUAACAGCUCCGAUGGCACGUUUAUUUUCCCCACAACCAGGCUGGGAGCUGAAAGUCAGUUCAGCGACUUCCUAGAUGGGCUGGGGCCAGCACAAAUCGUAGGACGGCAGACACUUGCUACUCCGCCAAUGGGUGAUGUCCACCUUGGAAUGAUUGACAGGAAUGGACAGCUGGAGGUAGAAGUAAUAGAGGCCCGGGGACUCAGUCCAAAGCUAGGAUCCAAGUCCAUUCCCGCCACCUACAUCAAGGUUUAUCUGCUAGAAAAUGGUGCUUGCUUGGCCAAGAAGAAAACAAAGACUGCCAAAAAGACCUGUGACCCGCUCUACCAGCAGGCCCUGCUCUUCGACGAGGGCCCUCAGGGAAAAGUGCUACAGGUGAUUGUUUGGGGAGAUUAUGGGCGCAUGGACCAUAAGUGCUUCAUGGGAAUGGCCCAGAUCGUUCUAGAAGAGCUGGACCUGUCCAGUGUGGUGACCGGUUGGUACAAGCUCUUUCCCACCUCCUCGCUGGCGGACUCCACCAUCGGACCCCUUACGCGACGUCUCUCCCAGUCCUCUCUAGAGAGUUCAAUAAGUCCUUCUUGCCCUUAAGGAUGGACUGGGAGGAAAGAAGAAAAGCAAAGGAGGAGACACCCUGCUCUGCCACCAAUUUGGCAGCAUGGUUUGUAAAUAUCCCAUGUCUUUCCCUCCCAUCACCCUUCCUUCUACUUCUUCACAGAGGGAAGCCUGCUACCAACGAUUUUAGGCGUUCCCUCACUCACCCUACAGGUAUGCGAUUGUAGGAAGAGAUGAUUCCAGAAUGUGGU